GAAUAGACAGCUACUAGUGCGAGUGGUGGGAGAGCUCGAAGCAAUCGGCAAGGUAGAGGAGGAGAGAUAGAUAUAAGGCUCUCGGAGGUUUCAGCCGCUUCAAUUGUUUAAAGACACGCACGAGGACUUGGAUGACCUCAACUCUUAUUUGUGGAUAACCGAGUGCUGAAGUGGCGAGGGUAAAAUUUUGAAGCGAUCAACCUUGCGACAGGCUUCGACGUCUUCGAUGGAGAGAUAAUCUCCCCCGGGCGCUUAUCUGCUUGUCGACGUCAGGGCUGGACUUGACCUUGCACCCGGAGUGCAAAGAACAUUGCAGGUAGACGAGCAUCACGAGCGUGAUGCCGGUGAGAGGGACCCUCGACGACUUGUGAUCGAAGACAAAUGGGAAUAUAUCACGGCGACGUUGAUCCCGAUUGGCUUUAAAGUCCCGUCGACGGCUGUCUUUUGCCGGUUUAGGAGCGAGGGGGAGUUUCGCGAGAGGAAUUUAGCCUGUGAUAUCAACUUGUGACCUUAAACAAUGAGACCUGAGAAGAGGAGGUCUAGAAACAUCCCUGCAAAGUCGAAAGAAACGGAGAUUCUGUGGUCGGACAUAGCCGGUCGCAUUUUAAUAAAUGCGAUUUCCUAUCCUGUCGAGUACGCAAAGGUUCUGAUACAGAUCGGACAUGAACCUAUUCCACCGAAACCAACUGUAACGUUGUUCGGAAAGCCAGCGCUAAAACUACCUAAUGCCUUCACGUAUAUUAAACACAUAAAGAGCGUAGAUGGCUUCAUUGGCUGCUACAGAGGCUUAGUGCCCAAGGUAUGUUCCUACACAGUUAGCACAAUAGCGUGUGACAAAACUUUGGAGUAUCUCCAGCCUAAUGGAGCGGCGGAGCAGAACGAAGAUGAAGACGACGAGGACGAGAGCGUGAGACGUAAAAAAUGCAUAAACGAGAUCGUCAUGGAUGUAAUCAGUAGAACAGUCGCGAUUGUAGUUAGCCAUCCUUUGGAAGUCAUUUCGUUAAGGAUGAUGGCGCAAUUUGUAGGCGGAGAAACAAAAUAUAGUAGUCUAUUCGGCUCGUUCCUGGAGAUCUACAGGGAGAACGGGAUCCUAGGAUAUUACGCAGGACUGAUACCACGUGUUAUAGGAAAUGCCGCAGUCAUAGUUCUAACUGGCAUCUCCACAUACGCCAUAAAUAAUUAUGUUCUACAGGAGCCGGCGAUGAAACCAUACACUGCAUCGACCAUGAAAUUUGUAGCUACGACUGUUACGUACCCGUUCCUAGUGGUGUCGCACUGCAUGGCAGUAAAUGAUUGUGGGUUGGUAGCCGGUCUUCCACCGCACAUGCCGAUCUACAAGAACUGGCUGCAUUGCUGGUCCCAUCUGUCAGCUCACAACCAGCUAAAGAGAGGCAGCAGCCUGUUAUGGCGUUACUACACCGGGCCGCAAAUGCUGCUGAACGGCAAGCUGAUACCGAUCAUGGGCGAUCAUUUUUAUCAGCCCAGCUCUUAAUGAGAGCUUCAAGUAAGACAAGUCUGUUACAAGCCAAAUAAGCCUGUUAUAAAACCAAAUGAGUCGACCAAUAGUCGUGUCCAUUUGACGUUUUAUUUAUACAGUGUACACAUAUAGCCAUAUAAAAAGGAAAAGGAAAAUGAAAGUUCGGUUCGGUUGCAACGAAUUUCUAUAGGAUCAUACAAGAAUUCUGCGCACUGAACAUCCUUAUAAGAUCAAGUCGUUAUCAAUAAAAAUAAUAAAAAAGAAGGCAAAUCAAGUAAGAUCGAUUGAGAUGAUUGCAGUUAGAAAGUAACUAAAAAAAUUAACAAUCAUUAGAUAAAUCGUCCUUAAUGCGCAUUUAUAAUGACUUCGAGACGUCAUUUCUUAGCCAUUUUAUGAUAAUUAAUUUUAAUCUAAUUUUUGAGAAAGUAACGUCAUAUCCGCCUACAGUCAUCUCGAUCGAUCCUAUAAUUUUCAGAUCAGAUAUGCAACAGUACUUGUAAAUAAAAAUAAAUAAAUUGGAAAACACCGCAUAGUUGCACAAUAAAAAGUAAUGCUGGAAGAA